AUGGGUAAUCAAGCCUCUAUUCCCACAACUGGCACAAAGUUUCAGGUCAUUGAAGCAGGUCUCCCUCGCACAGGGACCGCCUCCUUCAGCGAAGCAUUGCGCAUUCUCCUUGACGCUCCAGUCUACCAUGGGGGCACACAAUGCACCAUGGGACAGCCAGUCGAGAUGCGCUCCUGGAUCAAGGUCCUCAGACUUUUUCCUUUCAGAACGGAUGCCGACAGAAAAGCAGCCCUUUCUUUAAUCCGCCAGCGACUGGACGGCUAUGCAGCCCUGUACCCCGAAGCCAAAGUAAUCUGCACGGUGCGCGACGCGGAGGCGUGGGAGAAGAGCAUGGCGGGCGUAGCUUCUGCCUCCACGAGGUGGUUUUUGCGUGGUGUUCUCUUGCCAUUGCCCACGAUGAGACACUUUGUCGACUACAUCAACGGCCUCCGAGAUCAAUGGCUCUACCUUUACGGCGAGACUGAGCCUCCCACAAGGAUGUCAUACAAUCGUCAUAUGGAGUGGUUGAAAGAGACCGUGCCGGCAGACAGGCUGAUAUUCUUGGAAGUGAAGGAUGGUUGGGAGCCUCUCUGCAAGGCAUUGGGCAAGGAGGUCCCUGAUGUACCAUUCCCGAGGAUCAAUGACAGCGAAGCCAUUGACAAAUUUGCUGCGAAAACUGCUAAAAGAGGGUUGAUUAGUUGGGCUAUUCUUCUGGCUGGGAUUGGUGUGGGAAUAGCACUCUACAGGGCGCAGUGA